UCGAGAGCAACGCAGAACUUCAAGGCCGAGCUCAUGCUGGGAACCGGCAGCUUUGGCACAGUCUUCCAAGGAGUCCUGGACGACGACACUCCAGUGGCGAUCAAGAAAGCCAACAGCACCACAGGCCCCCGCAUCCAGCAGUUCCUCAACGAAGUCACCAUCCUCUCGCAGGUAAAUCACCGCAACCUCGUCAAGCUCCUCGGCUGCUGCCUGGAAACCGAUGUCCCACUCUUAGUCUUCGAGUUCGUUCCCAAUGGAACUCUCUUCGAGCACUUACAGCACAGGAGAUCUUCGAUCCUCAGCUGGGAGAGACGCUUGCAAAUCGCCAUCGAGACCGCCGAGGCCAUCUCCUAUCUCCAUUCCUCCGCGGCACAGCCGAUCUACCACCGCGACGUCAAGUCCACCAACAUCCUCCUGGACGAGAAGUUCACUGCCAAGGUAGCGGACUUCGGGAUAUCGAAGUUAGUGAGCCUGGAAGCCACGCACGUCUCCACCACCGUGCAUGGAACUCCAGGCUACAUCGAUCCACAGUACCAGCAAAACUAUCAGCUUACCGACAAGAGCGACGUCUACAGCUUUGGAGUGGUGUUGCUGGAGCUCAUCACGGGGCAAAAGCCUGUGGAUUUCUCGCGGAACUCCUCGGACAAGAAUCUCACCGCAUUCUCGCUCGCUUACAUCCAGAGCAGCCGGAUCGAGGAUAUUAUCGACAAGGGCCUGGAGCUGGGAGACGAGAGAGCCAAGAUUUCGAGCAUACAAGAGGUAGCAAACCUAGCGAUCCGAUGCCUCGAGUUUGAUCGGGAGAACAGGCCGGCGAUGAGGAGUGUGGCUGAGGAGCUGAUGAAAAUCAAGCACAUCCUCUCCGCGGCGUCAUGAUUGCCGCGAUCAAUCGCUCUGCCCAUUUGAAAUGCCAAACAAAG